AUGUCUGACAAAAGGGAUUAUAUCUUGAAAGAACAUGAUCGUAAUCCCCGUAAUAAGGCCGUUAUAAACACUUGCACAAAAUUUUUAUAUUAUUUAAAAACUAAUGAAAUUCCAAAUAUACCAGACUCUCCCUAUGACGUGUGCCCACUUUUAAAUUAUUGGAUAUAUAGCCAAUUAAAUAUGAUUUAUUCUUAUGAUUCUAAAAAUAUUAUACCAACAUUUGCGGAUAUUUUUUAUAAAUGGUAUAAUUUUUUAGAUGAAUUAAACAAAACCGAAAGAAAUACAUGUAAACCACCUAUUGAUAGUAUUGGUAUUUAUGAGUGGAGAUAUAGAAAGGAAAUGUAUGAAUACUAUGUAUAUUAUUAUCCAAUUAAACAAUCUCUUGUAUCCUAUCCACAAAGACAGGAAGAAUUCUGUCAAUAUGUAGAAAGUAAAAAAAGACUAUAA